AUUUCUUGUUGUGUGAGUUCAAAGCAAACAAAUUAAGCCAUAAAACGCUCUCUCUUUUAUUCCAAAUCGCAAAUCUGGAAAACAAAAACAAAAACAGAAAGCAGUCCUCUCUCUCUCUCUUUCUUUCUCUAUUUCUAAAUCUCUCCCUCUCUCUCUCUUUGCAAAUUUAAAAUCCAAUUUCCAUUUCCAUUCACAGAAAGAAGGAAAGAAGGAAGGAAACACAGUGAAAUCGGAAUCGUUUUUUCUGUCUGAAAUUCGCAGGCGCGCUCGUUUCUCUGUUGAACAGCUUCGAAUCGCUUGCCGGCAGCUGCAGAUCAAUUCGAGUUUCACCUGAAUGCUCCUUCUGGACUCGAUUUAGAUCGAGUUCUUCAUACCCUGGUAGUGUGGGAAAUUUAUAUGAAGAACGGGAUGAUAGAAUGCAGUGUUUGCCAUUCCAAAUUGGUUUCCCCUUCCUCCAAAACUAUCUCAAGGGCUUAUGAUCGCCACAAAAAUAGGAUAACAUCCAAGCAACGUGUACUCAAUGUCUUUUUGGUUGUUGGUGAUUGUGUUCUUGUAGGCUUCCAGCCUAUCCUUGUCUAUAUGUCCAAGGUGGAUGGGAAGUUCAAUUUUAGCCCUAUUAGUGUUAAUUUUUUGACCGAGAUUACAAAGGUUUUCUUUGCUAUUGUUAUGCUUAUUCUCCAGGCUAGGCAUCAAAAAGUUGGGGAGAAACCUCUUCUCUCAAUUUCUACAUUCAUGCAGGCAGCUCGUAGCAAUGCCCUUCUGGCAGUUCCUGCACUUCUGUAUGCUAUAAACAACUAUCUGAAGUUUAUCAUGCAGCUUUAUUUUAACCCUGCUACUGUGAAGAUGUUAAGUAAUUUGAAGGUUUUAGUAAUAGCACUUUUGCUAAAGGUGAUUAUGAAGCGUCAGUUUUCCGUCAUUCAGUGGGAAGCUCUUGCUCUCUUGCUCAUUGGUAUAAGCGUUAAUCAGCUAAGAUCUUUACCUGAAGGAACUACAGCUUUGGGUCUUCCUGUCACAAUGGGUGCAUAUCUCUAUACAUUGAUCUUUGUCACUGUUCCAUCCUUGGCCUCUGUUUAUAAUGAGUACGCAUUGAAGAGCCAAUAUGAUACAAGCAUUUAUCUGCAGAAUCUAUUCUUAUAUGGAUAUGGAGCUAUAUUCAAUUUUCUUGGGAUACUCGGGACUGCUAUUUUCAAAGGGCCUAGUAGCUUUGAUAUACUACAAGGUCAUUCAAAAGCCACGAUGCUAUUGAUCGCAAACAACGCUGCUCAAGGGAUUUUAUCCUCUUUCUUCUUCAAAUAUGCAGAUACAAUUUUGAAGAAGUACUCAUCAACGGUAGCCACAAUCUUUACUGGUAUAGCAUCUGCUGUACUAUUUGGACAUACUUUAACGAUGAACUUCGUUAUCGGCAUUUCUAUUGUAUUCAUCUCAAUGCACCAGUUCUUUUCACCAAUUGCAAAAGCUAAAGAUGAACAGAAUGGUGUGCUGGAACUGCAUGAUGUUCAUGACAGACAAAGAUCAAAGGAUUCCUUUAUAAAUAUGGCAGCUGGAGCAAAUGAGGAGGCUUCUCAUCGCGUGGGACAUGAUGAGAGACAGCCACUUCUUCCCUCCUAGAUUGAUCUACUGUUUAUGACCAUUUUUCUUAAGCUAUGAACAAUCCAAUCAUUUUCGGUAUAUAUUAUUGCAGGAGUUUUCAUAAAAAACAAUUGGUUAUAUUGCUGGUAUCAUUUGACCACGUCACACAUUUUAAAGUCAAAAUAAAGUAAAAGAAAAUUAUUUCUGCCUUUCUGGGAUAGCUUUCCUCUGAUGGGAUUCUCUCUACUUGGUUCAUGAAGAAAGGCAUGGAAUCUUGACUUCAGGAACUGGUCAACAAGCCAUGACUUUCAGCUGCUGAAGAUUUUGAUAGAGCAUAGAGAAUGGCUACGCAAGAGCUUUAGGCAUAUCAAUGUGGAUUCACGUGUACUACAUUUUUUUUCUUGGACAUUAUAUUUCUCUUUCUCAAUUUGCUUUGAUGGUAUAUUUACCUUAUCCUGGCCUAGAAGAAUUAUUGUGUUAUUAUUUACAUUUAUUACAUGAUUUUGGCAUUUCAUCUUUA